GUAUUGCGCAUGCGCAGAGCUACCUGGCCGGCCCUCGGCCUACGUGACGUCGCGCUCCCGGUUGCCGUUGCCUUCCAGCUGGUGUCGCCCGGUCCCGCUGGAAAUGUCUGUUUGAAGCUGCGUAGUCGAAGCACGAUCGAGUCCGAGGCGGAGAGAUUUGAGGUUCCCAGCGGGAGCAGCAGAAAGCCGGCAUGUCGAGCGGGACGGAUGCGGAGAAGGCGAAGCCAUUCAAGCUACUGGGAAUCUUGGAUGUGCAGAACACUCCAUGUGCUCGAGAAUCUGUUCUGUAUGGAGCAGCCGGCGCUGUAGUAGCUGGACUUGGCCACUUCCUAGCAACAAGCAGAGUAAAGCGGUCUUUUGACUUUGGUGUGGGGGGCUUUCUGCUUACAACUUUGGGAUCUUGGAUGUUCUGCAGGUAUCAGAAUGCAAAAAUACGAAUACAGCAGCGAAUGGUGCAAGAAGGUAUGAAAAACAAGGUGACAUUCGAAGGAACUGAAAUGGAUCCUACCAGAAAAUCAGAUAGAAGCAACAAAAGCAGCCAUGGAAGUACCUCAUAAACUAUUAGCCCUUACAGCAGUAUGGUUUGGAACCAGAAAGAUUCAAUUAUUAUGAAGUUCAAAGAAUCUACUUUCCUUCAUUGUGUGUACUUCCAAUCCAGUUUGUUUAAGAAAGCUUGAGUAUUUUUUUCAGGAUUGGGAUAUCUAAUGUAUAAAUAAUACGUUCCAACAUAAGGGGAACCACCAAGAUAACAUUCAUUGCUAAGCUUUAAUAAUGAGAAGUAUUUAUUAUUCCCAUGACAAGGUUAAAAACAACCUGUAGAUGUCAUAGUCUGAUUUUGAGUGUUUUGUGUAUGCUGACAAUUUGGGUGUGCAAUCUUUUUGGGAAUUUGUUGAAAACUUAAACAGGUUGAGAUGUUUAAAACUGUCUUUGAGGCUUGCACAGCUUUGGGAUCUUUUCAUUUCGAUUUCUUGGUUGCAGUUAUGGCACUGAAUGUUUGCUGGUGAAUCUGUUUAGAAAAACCAGAGGAGGCAUUUCAGCUCCUUAAGCCUGUUGGACCAUUCAUUGAGAUCAUGGCUGAUCUGUGUCUUAAUUCUAUCUGUCUGCUUGAACUCUUUUUAAAUACCUUUGUCCAGUAAAUAGCUGUUGAUCUCACAUUUUAAAAUAAUUAAUUGAAGAAACAUCCACUGCUUUUGUAGUGGGGCAUUCCACACUUCUUCCAGCCUUUGUGUGAAGUGUUUCCUAUAUUCUCUCCUGAAUUACCUGGAUCUGAUUUUAGCUUAAUAUCACUUUUCCCUAGACACAGAAAAAAGGUUCACUUUAUCUGGGUUUCUUCAAUUUUCUGCCCGAAGGCAGCUCUAACCCAAGGUUCUGUGAUCUCUGCUGCAGGUAAGCAGGCAGGUCAUGAAUCCUCCACAGCUAAAAUGUGGAUUGAAUGCAAUGCUUUUGGCACCAACCUGAUCCACACUGUCCUUGAGCUAACUAAGCUAAAAGAGAAUCUGACCUCGCCUCUUGGAAUUCAGUUGCAUUACCAUUGCAAAAUGCCCCACAACAUCAUCUCUAUGGUUACGAUUGACCAGAAACUUAACUGGACCAACUGUGUACGUACUGUGAUAAAAGAGGUGCUCAGAGGUUAGAAUUCUGCAGCAAAUAAUUUCCCUUUUUCCUUCUUAAUGAGUGCAGUCAAAGCUCAAUACUACGCAGGACAAAAACAACAACAUUCACUGCGUUCACCAUGAUGCGGAGUGACAACACUGUACCAUUUACAGAUGCAGCGCAGUCGCUGACCCAGUUUCCUUUCACAGCACCUUGUAAACCCAGGACCACUACUGUCUAAAGACAAAAGCAGUAAAUGCACAGGAAUGCGUCUACUUGUAAGUUCUUCUACAAGCUGCUCAUUUUGAUUUGGAACUAUACUGCUAUCCAUUCUGUGUUGUGGGAGUCAAAAUCCUGGAACUGCCUUCCAAAGAGUACUCUGUGUGUACCAACCCUCCACACAGAUUUCAUUCGAUCAAAAAGGCAGUUCACCACCAUCUUUAGCCAUUAGACUGAGCAAUAAAUGCUAAUCUAGCUAGGAACGCACAUCUCCUAUGAAUAACUUCUUUAAAAAAAAUCAAAUCACCCUUCGAGUUUCUAUAGAUAACACAGUGUGGAGCUGGAGGAACACAGCAAGCCAGGCAGCAUCAGAGGAGCAGGAAAGUUGGCGUUUUGAGUUGAGAUUUCUGAAGAAGAGUCCUGACCUGAAACGUCAGCUUUCCUGCUCCUCUAGUGCUGCCUGACCUGCUGUGUUCCUCCAGCUCCAGCUCCAGCUCCAUACUCUGUUAUCUCUGACUCCAGCAUCUGCAGUUCUUACUAUCUCUGAUCAAGUUUCUUUAUUCCAGGUUAUAUGGCCUUAGUUUAUCAAAUGGCUACAACCAGAUUUGGUCAAUAUGGCAACUGCAAGGACUUUAUAAGCAUUUGGAAAGUUGUUUUGGUAUCUUCUCCUGAGAGAUUCUUCAGUGUUUCUGCUCAUGUUUCUGUUUAAAUUUUCACUGUUGUCCCAGUGUACUGGUGCCAUUUUGAAGCAUUACUCUUGUUUAAACUGUUAUCUUUGUUCAUUUACAUUGUUUUUGGGGCCAAUGAAAAUGGGGUAAAGUUCAGCCCUAGCAGAUGAGUGGAAACCUCAAAAUGUGUUUGGAAUUCCCUCUCCGCAGUCUGUGCAGGCAGGUAAUUACAAGUGAGGAUCCUUCAGCAUCAACACCUGCUCAGCAAACCUUGAGAGAAGUGGAUUAACUCUCCUGAUGUUACAAUCUCCUAAAAGAAGUGCAGCUUGCCUUUGAAAUCUCACAUUUCAAAAUCUCUGGGGUAAUAGAAACGAUGCUAGCAAACUUCACAGGUCUGACAGCGUCUGUGGGGAGAGUAGAAGUAGAGUUUGAGUUUCAAAGGAGAGUCACAUUGGAGUCAACAUUAACUCUCUAUUGAUUCCAAGAUUACUCUUCUUGGACACUCAAAGGCCGAAGAAGAGUUGCAUUGGACUCAAAAGUGUUGACUCAGUUUUUCUCUCCACAGUUGCUGAAGUGCCUAUUAAGUUUUUCUGGUACUUUCUGUUUUUAUUUCAAAUCUCUACCAGUAUUUUUCUUUUAUCUCAGGGUAGUUUUCCUGUCUUCCCAGGAUUGCACCAUUGAGCUGAUUAAUGACAUCCCAAAAGUGUCAAAAAUGGAAGGAUGAAGUAGCAUUUUUCCCCAAGCAGUCAGAAAACGUUGGCAAAUAUUCAGGAAUUUCAAGCCUACUCAUUGUUUACAAUUCAUGCCCUUUAUUUUGCAGCCUGACAUCUCUGUCUACCAAAACAUCAUUACACCAGACAGAAACUUGGCCUAAUUGACAGUGUUGCAGUUGUGCCUUAGAUACAAGUACACUGUUUUAUUUAUGUGACACUUUUCAGGAUGUUCCUAAGUGCUUUACAGCCAAUGAAGUGUUCUUCAAGUGUUGCCACUGUUGUCUGGAAACAGAAUAAGUACCUGCUGUAUAUCCUCAAUUUUGCAUUUGAGCUAUCCAUGAAACAUAUUGAUAAAUAAUGUUCCAGCAGGAUUAGUUUUUUUAUUAUUCCUCUGGGCUUAAUCAUCAACCUAUUCUCACAUCCCUUAAUGAUAGGAAUUCCAUCUAUGGUUACAUACACUUUCACACUGCCUCUUACUCCUACAGCAUGAUUACAAACUGAGCAAAGUUUCCAAAAGCUACUUUCCUCCUAUUGUUGUUUUUAUUAAAUUACUAUAAUAUGAAUAGGUCUAAUGCUUCAUCAUUGUGCAAAUGGAUAGCAAAGCAAUGUUGAAUAAAAACUGAAAGAAC